AUGGAUUCUGAACCUGGAUUUAUAAGGACACUGUUUCAGUCGUUUUCCUUGGAAAACACUGACAUUUUCAGAGGACAACGAUUCGGAAUAAAUCUUCCACUGAAUUUUGACUGCCGGAGCAGUACGAGUGUUGAGUCCAGCAGCUCUGGCAGUGGAGUCGAUUGGACGAUGUAUAGAAUGCCGUUGUUACAGAUGCAAUCUUUGGCUGACCACUCUACACAUCUGCGAGCAACCUGUAACUUUCCCACCACCCCCCAUUUCCCCCCCACGGCCUUAAAAAAAAAACAGAUUACGCGCACGCCAAGCUGA